UAUCAAUCUGCCGUUUCCUACAGAAAUAUUGAUGUAGUAAUGGUUAUUGAUUACAACAGCAACAAUUGACCAAGUAUCUAAAAUAUUUUUAUAUAAUAUAGCUAAUGAUAAACUGUGAUUAGGAUUAUAAUGCUAGUUUGCUACUUUCUUCUCCUAUGCAGAGGAAGCUAAAAAUAAGAUGGAGAUGUUUAGAUGUUUUUUCCUGGCUUUGUUUGGAGGUUUGGCUUUCGUGAUCCAGCUCCAGCUUCUUCAGGUUAAUGGCCAAGAUCAAUCAGGAUUCAUUAGCUUAGAUUGCGGAUUACCACAAGACUCCAACUAUACUGAAAUCACUACGGGCUUAAACUAUAGUUCAGAUGCUUCCUUUAUAGAAACAGGCAUAAGUAGGAGUAUAUUACCUGAAUUCAGAACAAAUGUUCAGAGGCAGAUGUGGUAUGUCAGAAGCUUUCCUGAAGGAAUAAGAAACUGUUACAACUUUAGACUUAAAAAUGGGAGUAACUAUUUGAUCAGAGCAAGUUUCAUGUAUGGAAACUAUGAUUCGCAAGAUAAAGCACCAGAAUUUGAUAUGCAUCUAGGACCAAAUCUAUGGUUUUCAGUGAGACUGAAAAAUGCAUCCACUUUCAUAACCAGAGAGAUAGUGCAUGUUGUCUCAUCAGACAAUUUAUACGUCUGCCUGGUCAAUACGGGCAAUGGAACACCUUUUAUAUCUGUACUGGAAUUAAGGCUUCUGAUGAAUAGCAUUUAUAAGACUCAAACUGGAUCACUGGAUCUCUUGGCGCGGCUGGAUAUUGGUUCGAAAGACAAUGAAACAAUCAGGUAUAAAGAUGAUGUCUAUGACCGUAUUUGGUGGCCUCAAAAUUUCGCUGGUUGGAACCAGCUUACAACAUCACAUACAAUUGAUUCAAAUGGCCAUAAUGAUUUUCAACCACCAUCAGUUGUCAUGAGAACUGCUGCCACCCCCAAAAAUGCUAGCCAGCCAAUUGAUAUCCUUUUGAAUGGUGACAAUUCGACUGCACAAUUUUAUGUUUACAUGCACUUUGCUGAAGUUAAAAAGCUCCAAGACAACGAGUACAGGCAGUUCAACAUUUCUUUGAAUGGAAAGUUCUGGUUCGGACCUUUUGUUCCAGAUUACUUAUACACAACCACUAUAUACACCCUGUCAGCAUUAACUGGAGGCCAACAUCAAUUUUCAAUCUAUAAAGCUCACAAUUCUAGCCUGCCACCCAUUCUCAAUGCCCUUGAGGUCUAUAUGGUAAAAGAACUGUUACAAACACAAUCAGACCCAAUGGAUGUUGAAGCUAUCACAAACAUCAAGUCAAUGUACGGACUAAAGAAAAACUGGCAAGGCGAUCCAUGUGCUCCUCAAGCUUACUUGUGGGAUGGUCUUAAUUGCAGCUAUGCUGGUUCCGAUCCACCUAGAAUCAUAUCCUUGAACUUGUCCUCAAGUGGAUUGACAGGAGAGAUAUCUAGAUACAUAUCAAAUCUCAACAUGAUAGAAAUUCUGGACUUAUCUGAAAAUAAUUUGACUGGACCAAUACCUGAAUUUCUAUCACAAAUGACCUCACUAAGAGUCCUAAGCCUAAGAGGAAACUUGCUAAAUGGUUCUGUUCCAGUUGAACUUAUUGAGAGAUCAAAAAAUGGGUCGCUAUCCUUAAGUGUUGAAGGCAAUCAAAAUCUUUGCUUAUCAGCUUCUUGCAAGAAAAAGAAGAAGUUUAUUGUACCAGUAGUAGCAUCAGCUGCUGCAUUUCUUGUCCUUGUAAUUGCGUUGACUACCGUAUUGAGCAUUAAAAUAAGAAAAAAACAAGCUAGGAAGGCUGAUGCCACAUCCAACACAGAAGAUCAGUUACUAGAGUCAAAAAAUCGGCAGUUCACUUACUCUGAGGUCCUCAAGAUUACUAACAACUUUGAGAGGGUUCUUGGCAAGGGAGGUUUUGGAACAGUUUACCACGGCUACUUGGAUGGUGCUCAAGUGGCUGUGAAGAUGCUAUCUUCAAUGUCAGUUGAAGGCUAUAAGCGGUUUCAGGCAGAGGUUGAAUCACUUUUAAGAAUUCAUCAUAGAAAUUUGACAAGCAUAGUUGGCUAUUACGAUGAAGGCACCAACAAGGGGCUAAUCUAUGAGUACAUGGCUAAUGGAAACUUAGAACAGCAUCUGUCAGAAAGUAGCCCUAAUAUCUUGAGUUGGGAACAGAGACUAAAAAUAGCAAUGGAGGCAGCACAAGGAUUGGAGUAUUUGCACGAUGGUUGCACACCACCCAUAAUUCACAGAGAUGUAAAGUCCACCAAUAUCCUAUUGAGCGAGGACCUACAAGCCAAACUUGCUGAUUUCGGGCUGUCCAGAACUUUUCCUCUUGAAGAUGAUACGACCGUCUCCACAUUUGUUGCGGGUACCCCAGGAUACCUUGACCCUGAGUACAGCAUAUCAAACAGGUUAACCGAGAAGAGUGAUGUGUAUAGCUUUGGGGUAGUUCUGUUGGAGAUAAUAACAAGUCGACCUGUGAUCAAAAAAACCAAUAAGAAUGCUCAUAUAAGCCAAUGGGUUAGUUCCACACUCUCAAAGGGAGACGUAAAAAACGUUGUUGAUACAAAAUUACAAGGAGAUUUCGACAUUGAUUCGGUUUCCAAAACUAUAGAAUUAGCGUUGUCUUGUGUAUCCCCGAUUUCCACAGGGAGGCCAACCAUGAAUCAUGUAGUGAUGGAAUUAGGUGAGAGUUUGGCAAUCGAGAUGGAAAGGACAAAUAAUAGCCAUAAAAUUGAAGUGGGGUAG